GCUUUGGAAAGAGGAAGGUUAAGCGGGAGGUGCUUCACCUUGAAGACAUCUCUGCCUCUCUUUUCAUCGCUUCCUGCGAUCUCCUCGUAAUCCCGGGCCUUUUGCCCACCUGGACUCCUGCUCGACCGCCCUCAGUCCGGGCCUGGGAUUCGCACUCCAGACCUGGGAACCCCGGCUUCCCGGCUUCCCCGGACGCUGGCGCCUCGCCCUGCCCAGGCCUCAGACUUUCAGCCCCACCUCUCUCUCACCUGGCCUGGGGUUAUCUUUCCCCCUCCCACUACCCCCUCUUUUCAGUCUGACCUGGGACCACUAUCCCCACUCUGCACGUUCUAGGAUUCCACCUGCCUCCAUCCCAUCCAGACUUCUACUUAUCUCUGCUUGGGACCCUUCCUCUUUUGCCUGCUCUCCCACCAUCUGCUAACUGAAGACUGAUAAUCGCUCAGUUUGACCCAAACCCCAGCCCUUGGCUGGAUUUGCGCUCCCUCCCCGUCCAUGCCCCACGGUUUAAUGAGCCCAUGCUUUCAAUAAAAUAGCAGCCCUUGUUUUACCGGGCUCUGGUCCUGCAUUCUCAGCUGCCGGGUGCCUUUGAGCUUUGGCUGAUGGUACUUUACAUUUCAUGCUCCUGGGCCCAGGAUGAGGAGGAGCUUAGCUCCCAGCCAGCUGGCUAAGAGAAAACCUGGAGGCAAAUCCUCUGAUGAUGAAGACUGGCAGCCGGGGGCUGUGACUCCUAAGAAACGGAAAUCCAGCAGUGCGACCCAGAGCCAGGCGUGUUUCCUAUCGCCUUUUCGGAAACCUUUGACUCAGCUAACUAAUCGACCACCCUGUCUGGAUAGCAGUCAACAUGAAGCGUUUAUUCGAAGCAUUUUGUCGAAACCUUUCAAAGUCCCCAUUCCAAAUUAUCAAGGUCCUCUGGGCUCUCGGGCAUUGGGCCUCAAAAGGACUGGGGUCCGCCGGGCCCUCCAUGACCCUCUGGAAGAAGGUGCCCUGGUUCUGUAUGAGCCUCCUCUUCUGAGUGCCCAUGACCAGCUGAAGCUUGACAAGGAAAAACUCCCUGUCCAUGUGGUCGUUGAUCCUAUUCUCAGUAAGGUCUUACGGCCUCAUCAGAGAGAGGGAGUGAAGUUCCUGUGGGAGUGCGUCACCAGUCGGCGCAUCCCUGGCAGCUAUGGCUGCAUCAUGGCUGACGAGAUGGGCCUGGGCAAGACUCUGCAGUGCAUUACGUUGAUGUGGACGCUUUUGCGCCAGAGUCCAGAGUGCAAGCCAGAAAUUGACAAGGCGGUGGUGGUGUCACCCUCCAGUCUGGUGAAGAACUGGUACAAUGAAGUUGGGAAAUGGCUUGGAGGGAGGAUCCAACCUCUGGCCAUCGAUGGAGGCUCUAAGGACGAGAUAGACCAAAAGCUGGAAAGAUUCAUGAACCAGCGUGGAGCCAGAGUGCCUUCUCCCAUCCUCAUCAUUUCCUAUGAGACAUUCCGUCUUCAUGUUGGAGUCCUCCAGAAAGGGAGCGUUGGUCUGGUCAUCUGUGAUGAGGGACACAGGCUCAAGAACUCUGAGAAUCAGACUUACCAGGCAUUGGACAGCUUGAACACCAGCCGGCGAGUGCUUAUAUCCGGAACCCCCAUCCAGAAUGAUCUGCUUGAGUAUUUCAGCUUGGUACAUUUUGUUAAUUCAGGCAUCCUGGGGACUGCCCAUGAAUUCAAGAAGCAUUUUGAGUUGCCAAUUUUGAAGGGUCGAGAUGCAGCUGCCAGUGAGGCAGACAGGCAUCUAGGAGAGGAGCGACUGCGGGAGCUCAUCAGCAUUGUAAAUAGGUGCCUGAUCCGGAGGACAUCUGAUAUCCUUUCUAAAUAUUUGCCUGUGAAGAUUGAGCAGGUGGUUUGUUGUAGGCUGACGCCCCUUCAGAUGGAGUUGUACAAGAGGUUUCUGAGACAGGCCAAGCCAGCAGAAGAGUUGUGUGAGGCCAAGAUGAGUGUUUCUUCCCUUUCUUCCAUCACCUCACUAAAGAAGUUAUGCAAUCAUCCAGCUCUGAUAUAUGACAAAUGUGUGGAAGAGGAGGAUGGCUUUGAGGGUGCCUUGGACAUAUUCCCUCCUGGUUAUAGCUCCAAGGCUCUAGAGCCCCAGCUGUCAGGUAAGAUGCUGGUCCUUGAUUACAUUCUGGCCGUGACCCGGAGCCGAAGCAAUGACAAAGUAGUGCUGGUGUCCAAUUACACCCAGACAUUGGACCUCUUUGAGAAACUCUGCCGGGCCCGAAGGUACUUAUAUGUCCGCCUGGAUGGCACAAUGUCUAUCAAGAAGCGAGCCAAGGUUGUGGAGCGCUUCAACAGUCUGUCGAGCCCUGACUUUGUCUUCAUGCUGAGCAGCAAAGCUGGGGGCUGUGGCCUCAACCUUAUUGGGGCUAACCGGUUGGUCAUGUUUGAUCCUGACUGGAACCCGGCCAAUGAUGAACAAGCUAUGGCCCGGGUCUGGCGCGAUGGUCAAAAGAAGACUUGUUACAUCUACCGCCUACUGUCUGCAGGAACCAUUGAGGAGAAGAUCUUCCAGCGUCAGAGCCACAAGAAAGCACUGAGUAGCUGUGUGGUAGACGAGGAGCAGGAUGUGGAACGCCACUUCUCUCUGGGCGAGCUGAAGGAGUUGUUUACCUUGGAUGAGGCUAGCCUCAGUGACACACAUGACAGGUUGCACUGCCGCCGCUGUGUCAAUAACCGUCAGGUGUGGCCACCACCUGACGGUUCUGACUGCACCUCAGACCUGGCUCAGUGGAACCACAGCACUGAUAAGCGGGGGCUCCAAGAUGAGGUACUCCAGGCUGCUUGGGAUGCUGCCUCCGCUGCCAUCACCUUCGUCUUCCACCAGCGCUCCCAUGAGGAGCAGCGGGGGCUCCCCUGAUAACCAACUGUUCUGGGUAGAGCUGUAGAGGGAAGAUACAGGGAAAGGGGCUCCCUGCCCCACAGGGUUCUACUUCAUUUUGUUCUCUGGGAGAAGAAUCAUCAAGAAGGGCUGCAUGAUGUUUGC